CAUGAAAUUGUUGGCCAAAUUGAAAAACCAACUUGAAACGAAACCACUGACAAAUUUCAGCUGCAUGUUUUCAAGACCGAUCACAAAUACAUCACAGAUAGAAAAAAGAAAUCAUCGUACUGUUAAUAGCUAAUACAAAUAAUUAGCCUUCACUGAAGAUCAAAAUAAUCUGUGCCUUUCUAAAACCAGCUAUGCAAAGCACUUUAAUAUAAAAAGCUAUAUGAUUCCCAUUAAGUGAAGUCAGAUAUUGCAGCAUUCUUGGCCGGAUCAAUACGCUUACAGCUACAAUAUAUUUUGAAAGCUGCUGAGUAGCAUCUGAAUGUGGUAAUAUGAGUAUUAUGAUAGACUAUACAGGAUCCAUAUCGCAUACAGCGGAUACACCCAGUGUAUUUGUGGUUGAGGCCGGAAACAAACAAAUCAAUGGAUCUCAGUCUUGGAUCUCACAAAGUACGCUGAUGUGUCUCCAAACUUUCAAAGAAAAUCCUUUCAGAGCCUGUAGCAGUAAACCUGUGAGAAAGAUUCUCAACAACUCGAUUGAUUGUCCUUGAGCUCUCGUGAAUAAAGGAUUCGAUGAGCUUUACAGAUGCAGUCAGAGCUCCCGUUGAGAAAAACCAGCCGGACAUCCAGCAGAGCCCAAACCACUCCCGAAACUGCAGCCUCACGAUGGGUCAUUUAUAUUUAGAACGAGCGCUCGCGCUGCCUGCCCUGGUUUCUCAAUCCUUGAUCUACCAAGAGUCCCGCAUCAGCCCUGCUAAUAAAAUCAUCACUUUGAACCGAAAAGCAGGCAGGUGACAGUCUGACUCAUUGAAGUCUCAGGGUUUCAUUUUCUGCUGUAUAUUAUCAUGCGCCUUUAUAUCUUCUCAUAUCGAGAAUACUGUUGAAACUAGCAAAGCCUUGCUUGUUUUGCAGAUAACUGCAAAUUCUUGCCCUUGGCCGUACUGGCGAUAGAACACAAUGGAACGAAGCUUUCAAAGCAUGCAAAGGUGGCUUUUGUGUAACGGUGAGCUCUGGUCGGUUCCACAGACGCAGAUGCACAGCAGCGGUUGCAGUCCAUUUCAGGCUAUAGCCGUGGACCCAAACGUACACGGUGGACGGUAUAUCCAUUUGACCUGACCUGCUCAGCCAUCGCCGAUUUAUUUAUUUUUUAAACCAUCGGCCUUCUAUAAUGGAUAGGCAGGCGAGCCUCACCAGGACGGAAAUGUUCUCUUUCGUCAACCCUUGGAUUCGAUACUUCCUGUUCUUCUUCAGCUUUUUAUUCUGGGUGUUUUCUCUUCUUAUUGUAGCUAUUGGAGUAUACGCCAAAGUUCAGAGAGCAACAGACGCAGUGCGUGACACGUUCCUCAUUGAUCCUGCUGUGUUUCUCAUUGUAGUCGGAGUGGUCAUGUUCUUUGUCACCUUCUGCGGAUGCAUCGGAGCUCUGCGGGAAAACAUACGGCUUCUCAAAAUUUUCUCAUUUAGCCUUACCCUGGUCUUUCUAACCCAAAUGGUCAUUGCAAUCCUGGGCUUCUUCUACUCUGACCAGACACGCGAAGCUCUGGGGAAAUUUGUGAAAAAGGCCAUUGUGCACUAUCGAGAUGACCUGGACCUUCAAAACCUAAUGGACUACAUCCAAAAAGAGUUCAAAUGCUGUGGCUGGAACAACUACACUGACUGGUCCUGGAACCUCUACUUUAACUGCACCCCGUCAAACCCCAGCACUGAGAGAUGUGCGGUUCCCUUCUCAUGCUGCACUCCUUCACCAGGAGAGGACGUGAUCAACACCAUGUGUGGAUCUGGGGUUCGAACACAAAAGCACCUGGACGCCACUAACUCCAUUUAUCCGGUGGGCUGCGCAGACAGAGCUGUGGUAUGGAUUGAAUCUCACCUGCUGUUUGUUGGCGCGCUCACGCUGGGUCUCGCUUUACCACAGAUCGCAGGCAUCGUUCUGUCUCAGAUCCUCAUUUCCGAGAUCCAGAAAGAGAUCGGAUCCGUCAUGUAGAAGCAGUAGACAGUCACCUGCAGUGCUGCCAAACUCUCACAUGCAGGAGUGAUGCUUUCAUUCUGCACUCACACUUCCAGCACAAUUUCCUAUCAGUUUCAUUUCACUAUGCCUCGGAGCCAGUUCUUAUUUAUUUGCUAUUUUGGUUUUUUUUUUUUUUUU